UAGCGUUAUAGCGUUAAACGUUUUGUAGAGAUUGAGUAAAGUUAAAACUUCUGUUUAGUUAAUAACUGUUUAUUGAGUUUUGUUUUUUACAACAGCACAACAAUGCACGCUGUCAUACAUCGGUCAAUUGUGACAUUUUACCUGUGUUGGAAUUUGGUUAAUUCCCAUCCACCUGUAUUUACGAACAAGGCCACUGAAAUGGAAAUAAACACACCGGAUGGUCCGGAAUAUUCAUAUAAUGACCUAAUGAAUUGGGCAUAUUUUUUUGAAAUGGUUAAAAUUCAAAAUUGUGGUGAUUUGCUUAAGUCGGCUGAUGAUACUUUUCCGCAUCAAGUUAAGAAAUUAUUGAUGGAAAGAGAGUGGUCACCUAAGCUUGUUGACGAUCUUGUUAAAAAAUAUAAUCAAAGCAACUGGCCCCCUGGUAUAUCAGACGAGGAAAUAUGUAAUGACGAAAAGGAGAGACGUAUAAAAAAUUACAAUUGUAGGCGUAUUCCGGGUUUUCUCAAAGGCAAUCGAGAAGAAGCAGUAAUCGUGUUAGCUAUUGAUAACGUGCAUAUGCCUGCUGAUACGAUCGCUGAACCAGGGUUUUUGAUGUUUUUAAAUCAGGGAGCGUUGUAUUAUACUAAUGAUGAUAAACUUAGAGGUUUAGAAAAAUGCUUUGAUAUUGUAGAAGUUCUUAGAUGGGAUUUAUUGAUAACAUCACCUGACAAUUCCUUUAUGGAGAGCGCUCAUCAUCAAUUGACACGGCAAAAUUGGCUCCCUAGAAAUGUGUAUUCUAUUAUUGGAAAAUACAGUCAAAAUAACUGGCCAUCUGGUAUAUCGGGCACACAAUUACAUGAUGGCGAAAAGAUGAGUCUCUUAAAAAAUUACAUUUGUAGACGUAUUCCGAGUGUUCUCAGUGGCAAUCAAGAAGAAGCAGUAAUCGUGUUCGCUUCUGAUAAUAUGCAUAUGCCUGCCGAUAUGAUCGCUCAUCCUGGAUUUUUGAUGGCAUUUAAACAGGGAGCAUUGUAUUCUUUAGGUUAUGAUGAAUUCAAAAGUGUGCCAGAUACCUUAGAAUCAGUACAAAUUAGUAGAUGGGGUUUGUUGCUAACGUCGCCUGAUAAUUAUUUAUGGGACCGCGUUAAUUCUCUAUUAUUUAAAAGAAAAAUUCCAUAUCGACUUACAAGGGCUAUUUUAGAAAGAUAUAGUAAAACAAACUGGCCACUUGGUACAUUGAGUGCACUAUUACAAUAUGACGAAGAAAAGAAGAUGCUUUUAAAUAAAUAUGUAUGUAGGCGUAUUCCGGGUGUUCUCAGCGAUAAUCAAGAAGAAGCAGUAAUCGUGUUCGCUUCUGAUAAUACGCAUAUGCCUCUUGACAUGAUUGUUGAGCCAGGAUUCUUGAUGAUGUUCAAUCCGGCAAUUAAUAUGGAAAUUGACAGACCGCACUUUUCCGAUUAUUCAAUACAUGACCUAAUGAAAUGGGUAUAUUAUUUUGAAAAAGUUAAAAUUCAAAAUUGUGGUUAUUUGCUAACGUCGGCUGAUGAUUCUUUUACGCAUCAAGUUAAGAAUGUAUUGAUUAAAAGAAUGUGGUCAACUCAGCUUGUGGACGAACUUGUUGAAAAAUAUAAUCUAAGUACCUGGCCAUCUGGUAUAUCGAGCGAGGAAAUAUGUAAUGAUGAAAAGGAGAGACGUAUAAAAAAUUACAAUUGUAGGCGUAUUCCGGGUUUUCUCAAAGGCAAUCGUGAAGAAGCAGUAAUCGUGUUAGCUAUUGAUAAUCCGCAUAUGCCUGCUGAUACAAUCACUAAACCAGGAUUUAUGAUGUUUUUAAAUCCGGGAGCAAUGUAUUAUAGUAAUGAUGAUGAAUUUGAAUGUGCAGAAAAUUGCUUUGAUAUAGUUGAAGUUCUUAGAUGGGAUUUAUUGAUAACAUCACCUGACAAUUCCCUUAUGGUAAUUUUAUAA